AGAAAGAAAAGAAAAAAAAGACACGGGAUCAAAUAUCAUUAUUUUCAAACCAUUUGUGUUAAAACUUGCUGAGUUUUUCAUUUAGCGUCCAGUUAGCAUUUCCUGCAGAAGAUAAGACGCAAAGAACCUGACUGUCCCAAGAAAAACUUUUUGCACAGUUUAAAUGUGAAGCUAAGAAUACAUAUAUCUUGAUAAUUCAUAUUCGCACACCAUGGUGCUUUGUCCUGGAUUUAAAAAAAAUGGCCGACCAUGUACAAAUAUUUUGGAACAGAAAAGUAAAUACUGCAAAAUGUGUGGAUGGAAAAUAGACCCUGAAAUUUUCCAAAGGGUGGCCAUUUCUUGUCCAAACAUUGCACUGACCUCCAAGGAGCAGUGUGGAACAUGGAUAGAGAAAGGUCAAAUAUUCUGCGACCAGUGUGGAUGGGAAGUCAACCAAGACCUCUUCGGGUCCCAGAAGAGCACAGACUCUUCAAACCUGUCAUGUAAUGAAUAUGUUAAUCUUCAGACUCAGAUGAAGAAAAUUACACUUAAUAAAGAACAAACUGAUCGUCCACAGGAUUGUUCACUGCAAUUUCAGGAUAUGAACCCUUUGGAGAGUCCCAAUACUGCAAGUUCUUACUGCAAUAGUGAAAACUCAGCUUCUUUGUCGCCAAGGGAGGGCAGAGAGGUGACCAAGGGACGAAUCCUGUUUGUUCACAACUUAAAUGAAGAGAAAGUAACUGUAGAGGGACUGUUCAAUUUGUUUGGUAUUUAUGGCCGAGUAGAAAUUGUGAAGUUGUUCUACAACAGGAAGAGCUCCGGACUUAUACAGAUGAACACAGAGGAACAUGCAACACUAGCCUUAAAUAAUUUGGACAGACUGACUUUAUGGAAUAACACCUUGCACAUUCAGUAUUCUAGAGUGAAGACUAUCAGUGUAGCGGACCAUGCCCAGUUCACAAAAGAUUACAGAAACUGUAGAAUCCAUCGGGGAGGUGAAACAUUUAAGUAUGUGAAGAUAGCCUGUGCACCAUCUCCUAUAAUCCAUCUGGCCAAUUUAUUGAACACCAUCACGAAAGAAGAUAUCAUGGAUGUAUUUUUGGAAUAUGGAAAUGUGUUGGAGGUACUGGUAUUUAGAUCGCAUGGAAAGCAGUCAGCCCUGGUGAGGUAUUCCUCUGUAGAACAGUCUGCCUUGGCCGUUAUGGCCAUGCACAACUUCCCUUUGCCAGACAAGAGCCAUUUGAUUGUUUCAUUUUCCCACCAUAAGUCCUUGAACAUGCAUGGUAACCAUCGAGGAAGUGACACAGAACGCAAUCCACUGCAGGCUUAAAAGUUUUGUUACUGGGGCGUAAAAUGACGAAUGGUUCCAUGUUUCCAAAUAAUGUUGAAAUUGAUAUAGAUUCUUUACUGAACAGUAGGCACAAAAUAUGUGCACUUAUUUGUUGUGUUUUGGAAGCAGUAGUAGGUGAUUAUGUUAACAUAACUGUGGGUUAUGUUUUUGUUCAUUACACGAGUAUAUAUAAUCAAGUUGUUUUGACAUACCUACAAUGUGUUCAUUUUUGAUAGAAAAGUGUUUUUUUUAAUUCAUCAUACAGUGAUCAGUUUUCAGGAUUUCUAAUUAUAUAAAAAAGCAUAUGAAAAAUUGGGGAUUUAAUCAAUAUGAAGUGAUGCUGGUCGACAGCUAGCAGAAUAUAUGCUUCCCCAAACAAAGUAAACACCACAUUGUGUUCAUAUCAGUUCUUGUGUAAAAUUGGUGCAAGUAUAUUUUUUCUACAUCAUCGUUCAGAAAUAUUGUAUUCAUGUGGUUGUGCUUUAUUUCACAUAUUUCAGUGUGUAUUUCAUGUUAUUAUAUAUACGACAUACAUUAUAUUUUCAUGUAGUGUGGUAACUGUGUAUCGUAAUACUUUGUCAUUACUGAACAUAAAGAUGUAGUACACAAAGGCACUGCCAUUAUAAUUUUUUUUUAUGUUUUUGUUCGUUAAUUUGUAUGUAUGUAGAAUAUACAACGAUGUGUUCAAUAUACCUUAUUUAACAUUGUUAUUCAGAUAUCUUCCUUUCAUUUUGAUAUUGGCUAGAAAUUCACCAUGUUUUGAAUAUGUAGAUUGUUUGUAGGGGGGGGGGUGUUAUAGUAAAAACUGUCCUAUCCAUCACCUGUGUAAUCCAGCAUUUCUUCUUGUGGUCUUUAUAUACUGUGCAAUCUGACAUCCUAUCUAAUCCAACACAUAAACUGUAAACUGUCACAGCUUGAUGAUGACUGAUACUACCAUAAGGAAGUUCAUAAACUGUAAACUGUCACAGCUUGAUGAUGACUGAUACUACCAUAAGGAAGUUCAUAAACUGUAAACUGUCACAGCUUGAUGAUGACUGAUACUACCAUAAGGAAGUUCAUAAACUGUAAACUGUCACAGCUUGAUGAUGACUGAUACUACCAUAAGGAAGUUCAUAAACUGUAAACUGUCACAGCUUGAUGAUGACUGAUACUACCAUAAGGAAGUUCCACUUUCAUGUGAUUUAUCAAUAAUGAUGGUUGAAAGUGGAAAAACUGUAUUAAUUUCCACUCAAUAUAGUUUAAUUUAAUUAAUAACUAAAGACAAUGUGCAUGUUGCCACCUUUUUUAAGAUGUCAGACAUACAAAAACAGAAGUAUUGGUCAACAUCAGAAAAUCACACAUUUUAAUAAAACAGAAUAAAACGAGAUAAAAAUUUAUUAGAAUGACAAAUUUUAAAUUUCAACAGUUUAGAAAAACUGCAUAUUUAAAAAAUAUGUAUAAAGUAAUUGUGGAUAUUAGGGAAAACAUUGUAUAAUAUAGACAUACAGUAAACGAAAUACCAGCAUAGGAGUUAUUGUCCUUAGCAACAUUUUCUAAAUAUAUUGUAAAUUAUUGAUAAUCUAUGGAAAAUAUUUCACUAUCAAUAGUUUAACGGAUUUUUUAUUUUAUCCAAUGAAAAAAUUCCUGUGAAAGAUGUAUUUCUCCUUUAUAAAAAAAGGUGUAUAGUACAAUAUGUACGUACAUGCAGUUUCCAGUACUGUUGUUUCAUAUUCUUGAUUGAAAUGAUUGUGCUCACCAUUAGGUAAAUGACAGAUUCUGUUAGUUUCAUCUGUUUAUGAAUCUAAGUUACAUUUGUUCAAAUAUCUAAGUCAUAUUGGUUCUCAAGUCAAAGUUACGUCUGUUCAUGUGUGGAAGUUAUGUUUGUUCCCGAGUCUAUUAAGUUACAUCUGUUCACGAGUUGAAGUGAAACAAUUUGGAAGUCCUUCUCAUCUCUAGCUCUAUAACAUUAAACUGGUACUCUCUGUCACUAUACUGGUACUCUCUAUCACUAUACUGGUACUCUCUAUCACUAUACUGGUACUCUUUAACAUUAUACUGGUACUCUUUAACAUUAUACUGGUACUCUCUAACAUUAUGCUGGUACUCUUUAACAUUAUACUGGUACUCUCUAACAUUAUACUGGUACUCUUUAACAUUAUACUGGUACUCUCUAACAUUAUACUGGUACUCAUCAUUAUACUGGUACUCUCUUACAUUAUACUGUUACUUUCUGUCAUUAUACUGUUACUCUCCAUCAUUAUACUGGUACUCUCUAUCACUAUACUGGUACUCUCUAUCAUUGUACUGAUACUCUCUAACAUUAUACUGGUACUCUCUAACAUUAAACUGAUACUCUGUAACAUUAAACUGAUACUCUCUAACAUUAUACUGGCACUCUCUAUCACUAUACUGGUACUCUGUAACAUUAAACUGGUAUUCUGUAACAUUAAACUGAUACUCUCUAACAUUAUACUGGCACUCUCUAUCACUAUACUGGUACUCUCUAUCAUUAAACUGAUACUCUCUAACAUUAUACUGAUACUCUCUAACAUUAUACUGGUACUCUCUAACAUUGAACUGAUACCCUCUUAACAUUAAACUGGUACUCUGUAACAUUAAAUUGGUACUCUCUAACAUUAUACUGGUACUCUGUGUCUCUAACAUUCUACUGAUACUCUAUAACAUUAAACUGGUACUCUGUAACAUUAUACUGGUACUCUCUAACAUAAAACUGAUACUCUCUAACAUUAAACUGGUAUUCUGUAACAUUAAACUGAUACUCUCUAACAUUAAACUGGUAUUCUGUAACAUUAAACUGAUACUCUCUAAAAUUAUACUGGUACUCUCUAAAAUUAUACUGUUACUUUGUAAUACCAUACUGAUACUUUCUAACAUUAUACUGGUAGUCUCUAUUGUUAUAUUGGUACUCUCUGACAUUAAACUGGUACUCUCUAACAUUAAACUGGUACUAUCUAACAUUAUAUUAGUAGUUUCUAAAAUUACACUAGUUCUUGUGUCUAUAUCCAGAGUUGUUGAAUUUCUGAAUGCCCUGGUCCUUUCCUGUUCUGGUUGAGACAAGUGUUAUCUUUAACUUGUGCCAAGUUAGUUCACCUUGAAACCCUCUGUCUUGCUAUAGAUUUUGUUAACCUGACUCUGUUUUUGGAAAUAGUUGUCUUUUGUAGUCAGUCUCUGUACUUCAUACCUUGAACCUGUGACAUUGACCUAGCAUUUAGAUCAUUUACGUCACAUUUUAGAGAAUUCCAGUCUCCUAUGUAAGAAUCUGACUCUUUUCUGUGUUUGCACCACUCAAAAUCUCUGAACUUUUUACACUCUCUGAUGCCCUCUUUCCCUGUUAUUCAUACCUAUUGUUUUGCUAUACAUGUAUAGUAUACAUGUAUAUACAUCCUCAGUGGCUAAGAUGAUUUAAUAUGGUGUUUCUUAAAUCAACUUUGUGCAACUUGACUGACACCACAGUAAUGUGUUAGAUUAACCCCUUGAAUAUACCUCCGGUCUUGUCUUUUUCAGUGAUUGUUCAUUAUUAGCAAGAUGGAAGAAAUGGAAUUUGUGCAUGUUCACUCUUUAAACAUCAUGAGGGAUUAGGAAGGAGUCCAUUAGCAUGAAAUAACACAAAAACUGCUUUUUUAUCUCAUUGGGACGAAUGUCCACAAAGUAAUUGUCAUGACCCCAGUGUCGGCAUCACACUUUAAGGAAAAACCUUUAACCUGAGCUCCACCUUUUCUACCAAAGGAUGUAGGGCUUUAAUACUCCACAUAUAGAUGCCUCAUGACCGGGCCUUUUAUUGGUGUUUGUUUACAUUUUAGUCAAAAUGUAAAACAUUGAAGCUUCAAUGGGAGAAAAGGAUAUACCAUUAGAUAGGCAAAGUCAUUCAUAAAACAUAUAUAUUGGUAGACUCCAUAGUUUGUGACUGUAGGGGAAACUAUUAUGGAAAAUGUACUUUGCAGAAAGUUUAAAUUUUCACUUUUAUUAAACUUUUUUUAUUUCAAAAUCUUAAAUCUGUUUCGUGAAACCAGAUCCAACUACAGAAUAAUGUAUAUUCUCUUCAUUUUACAUAACAGUUCAGCAAUGUUGAAAGCAGUACUUCAGAAGGACAUUAUGGUCAAACUAACCACAGCAGAAACUUUUAAUUCAAUCACAAUCAUGACAUUGUUUCAAAAUCAAUCAAGACAGAAUUCUCUUUUAUAUUGUUUGUGUGUUGAACUCAUGAAAAUAAUCAAAAUAUCCUGAUUUGUUAUUGAAAUAAAUUCCAUAUCCAACCCUCAGAACAUUGAAUAUAUCCUCUGUGUACAACAUGUUUCACAAAAUCUGGAGGCUGUUUUUGCUAUUGUUUUUUGUUUAUAUUUUGUAUUAGCUUUAUGUUGAAUGUUUUCAUAAAGAUUUCUUCGCAGUUGAUUUUAUUGUUUAAGGUUGUGUUUAAGUGUUUUGUAUAUAUACAACAAUCUUGCCAUAGGUACUGGCCUCGGGUUAAACAGUUUCAUUUAUACUCUGUAUAAAGAUAUUAUGAUAUAUUCACCAAUAAAUCUAAGUCAUAAAAUA